AUGGAUGUCAACCAAAACCCUACAAUAUUCACAGGUGUUAACAACUCCACUUGGAAUCUGGACACGAUGGAAAUGGAUCAUCAAAGUCUCCAUCAUCAAAUCCCUAUGUGUUCAUCUUGGCCUAACUACCUUCAUCACAUAAUACCGUCUUCUUCGUCCCCCACAAUCCCCUCUUCAGGGUUUCCGAACAACGUCGUGCUGGAAGAAGAAGAAGAAGAUGGAGAAGGAGGAGGAGAAGAGCUGGGAGCAGUGAAGGAGAUGCUGUACAGGAUCGCUGCUAUGCAGCCAGUGGACAUAGACCCAGCCACCAUCCGAAAGCCAAAGAGGCGAAACGUCAGAAUCAGCGACGAUCCGCAAAGCGUGGCCGCGAGGCACAGGAGAGAGAGGAUCAGCGAGAAAAUCCGAAUCCUCCAGAGACUCGUCCCUGGGGGCACCAAGAUGGACACUGCCUCCAUGCUCGACGAAGCCAUUCGCUAUGUCAAGUUCUUGAAGCGACAAAUCAGGUUGCUCCAAUCUCAACCCUCACCCUCACCACAAUGCGCCACGAGCACUACUUUUGCCAUUGUUGGGGUUAACAAUACUGCUAGUUCUAAUAUUCAAAGCGAUCACUGGCCUUUUGCACCACCUUCUUUACUACACUGCCCCACCACCACCACCGCCUCCUCCUCCGCGGCUGCAAUGGGCUUGCCCGUCAGACUUGGACUCCGCUCAGGCUAUAGUCAUGAGUCAUGA